GGAUGGAGGCGGUGCUCGGUGCUCGGGCAGGGCGGCAGCAGACCGCAGAAGAGCGGUGCAGAAACAUCCAGCAAGAAAGACAAGCCGACACGGACCAGGAGGACGCACACGCCUUUAACAGGAAAAAAAAAGCAACGAAAACACGAGGGAUAACCGUCGUGACAGCGUCUGUCACCAGAACUGGAACAGCGUCGCUUUUUUAGAACCAGCCUGUUGUCACCAUGGCAGCAGAAGAAACCAUAAAUGUGAAGGAAGUGGAGAUUAUCAAGGUCAUCCUGGAUUUUCUCAACUCCAGGAAGCUGCACAUCAGCAUGUUGGCUUUGGAAAAGGAGAGUGGCGUCAUCAAUGGGCUCUACUCUGAUGAUAUGCUCUUUCUCAGACAACUUGUGCUUGAUGGACAGUGGGAUGAGGUCUUGCAAUUUAUUCAGCCUUUGGAGUGCAUGGACAAAUUUGACAGAAAAAGGUUCCGUUACAUCAUCCUAAAGCAAAAGUUUUUGGAGGCUUUGUGUGUGAAUAAUGCCAUGUCUGCAGAAGAUGAGCCUCAGCAUUUGGAGUUUACCAUGCAGGAAGCAGUCAAGUGUUUGCAUGCAUUGGAGGAGUUCUGUCCAUCUAAAGAUGACUACAACAAACUGUGUCUGCUCCUCACACUUCCUCGCCUCACAAACCAUACAGAGUUUAAGGACUGGAACCCCAGCACAGCCAGGGUGCAUUGUUUUGAGGAAGCUUGCACCAUGGUAGCAGAGUUUAUUCCAGCAGACAGGAAGCUGAGUGAGGCCGGAUUCAAGGCCAGCAGGGAUCGGCUUUUCCAACUGCUUCUCAAGGGAGUGCUGUAUGAGUGCUGUGUGGAAUUCUGCCAGAGCAAGGCAACUGGUGAGGAGAUCACAGAGAGCGAAAUCCUCCUGGGCACGGACAUGCUGUGUGGUAAUGGUUGUGAUGACCUGGACCUAUCCCUGCUUUCCUGGAUGCAGAACCUGUCCCAUAGUGUGUUCUCCUGCGCCUUUGAGCAGAAGCAACUUAACAUUCACGUGGACCGCUUGGUGAAGCCCACUAAGACUGGUUACCCUGACCUCCUCACUCCACUCAUCAGCAAGCUUUCGCCUUACCCAUCCUCCCCUCUUCGUCGCCCCCAGUCCGCUGACACUUACAUGUCUCGCUCCCUGAACCCAGCGCUGGAUGGCCUAUCCUAUGGGCUGUCUGGACAAGAGAAGAGAGCAAGUGGUGGGGAGAUCACAGGGAGUAAAGCUGUCUCUCCCAUGUCUCACUCUUUUGCCAACUUCCACUACCCUGGAGGAGGUGGACAGAGCCUGAACAGGAGUCUUAUGAUGGAGAGCUCAGACUGCCACAGCAUCUUUGAAGAAUCUCCUGAAACGUCAAGAACAGACACGCCUGUGGAUAAAAUGUUGAGCUCAGGUGAUGCUCAGAACCUGCGGCCGGCUUCAGCUCCUGGGGAGGACCCAUCUUUAACUGGUUCUGGUGAUAGGAAUGAGCUUCGAGAUUCGACAGACAAGUAUGAGGAGUUCCAUCGCCAGCGUCUCCGGGUGCAGCAGCACCUAGAGCAGAAACAGCAGCAGCGGCAGAUGUACCAGCAAAUGCUGCUGGAGGGAGGAGUCCAACAGUAUCCCCCACCUGGUGACAUGCAGCACAGCCUGACAGAGAAGUUCCUCAACAGGUCUAUCCAGAAGCUGGAGGAGCUCAACUUGGGGAUGGAGAAUUUAGGAGAAGAAGUGAAGUCUCUGGCCCAGCAGUGUAAUGGCAUUGAUAACACGUCUGUGUCGGAGAACAAUAACAACCCUCCAUCUGUGACCACGGAGCAGAGUCGAACCCACGGGGGAGGGGUGCUCAGCAGCACCCCGCAGCGUGCUGUGGGAGGCCAAGCAGUCCCCCCUCCCACUGAGUCUCCUGUCAUCUCACAGAGUGAGCAGAAACCCAAAGGUGGUCAGCAGGGUGAUUCUCCAGGCUCCUUAUCACGAAGCAAAGAGGGUGAAAAGCCAAAAGGGCUGUUUGUGCCAGUAAAUACUCUGGAAGACACUCAGGCUGUUCGUGCUGUUGCCUUCCACCCGUCUGGCACACUUUAUGCCGUGGGAUCCAACUCCAAAACGCUACGUGUCUGUGCUUAUCCAGAAACAUUGGACACAAGCGGUUCAGGUCCAACAAAACAGCCUGUUGUCCGUUUCAAGAGGAACAAACACCACAAAGGAUCUAUCUACUGUGUGGCCUGGAGCCACUGUGGACAGCUGCUGGCUACAGGCUCCAAUGAUAAAUAUGUCAAAGUCCUACCGUUCAGUGCAGAGACGUGCAAUGCCACAGGCCCAGACCUGGAGUUCAGCAUGCAUGACGGUACCAUCAGAGACCUGGCCUUUAUGGAGGGUCCAGAAAGUGGAGGAGCCAUCUUGAUUAGCGCUGGAGCAGGAGACUGCAACAUCUACACCACGGACUGUCAGCGAGGGCAGGGUCUGCAUGCCCUCAGUGGACAUACAGGUCACAUUCUCUCUCUGUAUACAUGGGGGGGAUGGAUGAUCGCUUCUGGAUCUCAAGACAAGACGGUGCGGUUCUGGGACCUAAGAGUACCCAGCUGUGUCCGAGUAGUGGGAACUGCUUUUCACGGCUCAGGCAGCCCAGUUGCCUCGGUCGCUGUGGAUCCAAGUGGCCGUCUCCUAGCAACAGGACAGGAGGACAGUGCAUGCAUGCUGUAUGAUAUCAGAGGAGGACGCAUCGUGCAGGUGUACAGACCACACAGCAGCGAUGUGCGAUCUGUCAGAUUCUCACCUGGAGCACAUUACCUGCUUACUGGAUCCUAUGACACAAAGGUCAUGGUCACGAGCCUGCAAGGUGACCUGACCAAGCAGCUGCCUGUGACAGUGGUGGGGGAGCACGUAGACAAGGUGAUUCAGUGUCGGUGGCACACGCAGGACUUGUCUUUCCUCUCAUCUUCAGCUGACCGCACAGUAACGCUCUGGACACAGAACCCUUAACACACACAGUGCAGGCAAGUGGUCCAACAUGCUGUGAUCUACAAGACGUGUAUCGCCUGGAAACACUGCUCCCUACCACAGACUCUCCUUUCUGGAGGAACCAAAUUUAUACAAAUCUGUAACAUAUCAAAAGCACACGUGUUGCAUGUUUUAUUCAUUUCCAGUUGCUCUGUUACAGAAGAAAUUAAAGCCCAGUCCAUCCAUCUCAUCUC